GACUAGGUAAAGAAACUUGUCUUUAAGUCAGGCGUUAGCGCGCCUCUGUGUGUGUGUGUGUGUGUGUGUGUGUGUGUGUGUAACGUGAUGUGCCUAUGAGACUGCAUGAUUUUGUGUGUGAACAUUUGCGAGAGUGGUAAUUGUGUCUUCAGCGAAUGACCAGGUAAAGAAACUUGACUUUAAGUCAGAGACCCGAUCGCAGAAUGAGAAUUUUAGAGCCAGAAACAAACGGAGGUAGUGAGAUUCAAAUCUCGCCCCUCAGUAAUUCCCCGGGUCAACCUGUAGGGAUUCUCCACUUCCACUCUGGUUCCCGGAAAGGGAGGGCGUCAUUGCUCAAGUCACUCACCAACUUUCUGCUGAGUGUCUAUUUUAAUUCAGGAAUGGGGUGAUGUCAGGGAAAUUAAAUGGAAGUAGCCUUGUUCAGACUAAAGAGACAAGAAAGCACAGCGGGUCUCUGACCCUGCUUCUGACCUGCCUGCACACUGCCCUUACAACGUGCCUGUUCCGCAGUGCGCCGAUUGUUCCAAAGGAGCCGAGGGGCACUAUAAAUAAGAUAAGGGAGCGGGUCUUGGGAAUUUGAGCCCUUGGAGGGGAUCUGACCAACCACACCCCGGGUUAACUAAAUCCUUUGACUUGCUAGAUAGAUAAACAGCAUUGUAAAAAAGAUUAAUUGAGUUUCAGAGCUGCAACUUGCUAGUAAACUGAUGAUGGUUAUCAGUUUUCCGCGGAAAUUUUAAGCAAGAACUGCAAUUUUGAAUUCUCACCCGUGGGUUGUACACACCGCCGGGGACUGUUUCGAAACUGCGACUCCAGAUUGCUGUUACAGGGGAUUUCCCCGUGCUGUUUGGUUCUGGAUGCUAGUGGACUCCAGAUAGAUGAUGUAUAUGCUGUUGCAGUUUUAUUGUUUCUGUUUCUUUUUUUUUUUCUUUUAAGGAUUGUAUAUUGAAAGUAAGUUAGAUAAUUCUCUAUUAAAUAUUGAAAUUGUUUGAGCGGUUUCUUUUGUUAACACAUCCUUUGACCCUGAAAUGGAAAUUAAAACUUUGAGCAAAACAGGAGCAUGGGGAUGGGGCAAGGGGGUGUAGAAGAUGUUGUUUCUAAUAAGUCAGUCUGGGCUGAAAGAAAGGCUUGGUGUCUGAAGAUUCUUUAAUUCUUACCGACUUCUCUUACACUGGUGACCAGAGACCAAGGGAAGAGCAGCUGUUGGACAAUCAAGCAUUUUAUCCAAGGACUCUGCACUUUUCCAAAAGAAGAAGCCAGAGGAGGACUAAUAAUUUGCCGUUCUAAGCCAUGCUCCAUAGGUUAGUGUUGUUCAAGGAUGUGGCCGUAGACUUCUCUCGGGAGGAAUGGGGAUACCUGGACUUGGAACAGAAGGAUCUGCACAGAGAUGUGAUGCUGGAAAGCUACAGCAACCUGGUCUCACUGGGAGUUUCCACUUCUAAGCCAGACAUGCUCUCCUUAUUGGAGCAAGGGAAAGAGCCUUGGAAGGUUGUACAGGAUGUGACAAGAGAUCUGAGCCCAGACUGGGAGUCCAGGUGUGAAACCAAAAAGCUACCAUCAAAAAGAGAAAUUUAUGAACUAGAAGCAUCUCAAUUGGAAAUAACAGAACAACUUACAAGCCAAAAGUGUGACUGCAAAAGUUUUCAAAAUGAUAGGGAAUGCAGAGACCAGUUUGAAAGCCAACUAGGAAAUAAAGAGGAUUCUAGACAACUAGUAAUCUAUGAAGAAAUGCCUAGUCAGACUACAUCCCUUACAUUACAACAGAAAAUUCAUUCAUCUGAAAAAUUCUAUGAAUGUAAAGCAUGCAGAAAGUAUUUUAUCCUUGGCUUUUAACAGACUGAACAUCAGAAAAAUUGUUCUGAUGAAAAAUUCUAUGAAUGUAAAGAAUGUGAAAUGACCUUUAUUAAGGACUUACAACUUACCAUCAGAGAGUUCAUGUUCCUAAGACUGUGAAUGUAAGGAAUGUGGAAAAGCCUUCAUUUGUGCUUCACAGCUUAUUUAUCAUCAAAGAAUUCAUACUGGAGAGAAACUUUAUGAAUGUAAAAGUGUGGAAAAGCCUUUAUUCGUGCCUCGCAACUUAUUUAUCAUCAAAGAAUUCAUACUGGUGAAAGACCCUAUGAAUGUAAUGAAUGUGGGAAGGCCUUCUUUUGUGGCUUGCACCUUACUUACCAUCAAAGAGUUCAUACUGGUGAGAAACCCUAUCAGUGUAAGGAAUGUGGAAAAGCCUUUAAUCGUGGCUCCCUCCUUACCUGACAUCAAAAGACUCACAUUGGUGAAAAACCCUUUGAAUGUAAAGAAUGUGGAAAGACUUUUAUUUGUGACUCAGAACUUACUCAGCAUGUGAGAAUUCACACUGGUAAGAAACCCUAUGAGUGUAAGGCAUGUGGGAAGUCCUUUAUUCGUGGCUCACAUCUUACUCAGCAUCAGAGAAUUCAUACUGGCAAAAAGCUGUAGGUAUGUAAAGAAUGUAGAAUGGCCUUUAUGCAGAGUUCACAUCUUUCUCAAUAUCAGAGACUUCAUACUGAUGAGAAACCCUACAUAUGUAAUGAAUGUGGAAAGUCCUUUAUUCGUGGCUUUCAACUUAUGGGACAUCAGAGAAUUCAUACCAGUGAGAAACCCUAUGUAUGUAAUGACUGUGGGAAAGCCUUUCGUUAUGAUUCACAGCUUUCUCCACAUUAUAGAUUUCAUACUGGUUACAAGCCUUAUAAAUGUAAAGAUUGUGAGAUUUUCUUUAUCCUUGGCUCACAACUUACUGAACAUCAAAGGAUCCAUACAGGUAAGAAACCACAUGAAUGUAAGCAGUGUGGAAAAUUGUUUAAUUAUGGCUCACAGCUUGUUCGACAUCAGAGGACUCAUACUGGUGAGAAACCUUAUGAAUGUGAAGAAUGUGGGAAAUCAUUUAUUUGUGGUUCACACCUUGCUGAACAUCAAAGAACUCACACUGGUGAAAAACCCUAUGAAUAUAAAGAAUGUGGAAAGGCCUUUGCUUAUGGAUCACAACUGUCUCAACAUUAGAAAAUUCAUACAGGUCAGACCCAGAAGGGAGUAAGACUGGGAUCAUGAAAGCAUGAACCUUGGAACACUGGAUUGGCACCAGGCAUGAUUGCUGCCUAAUUACUUGCUAAUUGUUACCAAGGGCAACAAUUGGCACCCAACGUGGGGCUAGAGUGAAAGACUGCUACCAGAGAAAAAAACUACAGUGAUGCAGAACCUGGGACGGUUGAGAGGCCUUUGAAAAUACCCGCUGUCCUCAGAUGCAUGAGAGAAACUAUCUGAGAAUUGAUGAAGAAAGAAGUUGCUUGGAUGGCAUAUCUACUCCUGCAAAAACAAAAAGGGGGAGAUGUAGUGGGAAUUCCUAAUAAUGUACUUUCACAGCCUUGAGAAAUUUCACAGAAACAGCACCUGGAAACACAGCAUGUUAGAAACUGUGUUAAUGAUUAUCUUUCAUUUUUAAGAAUAAUUGCUUUGUUAUAAACCCCAAGGCCAGACUCAGAAGGGCAUAUGACUGGGUUCAUGAAAGCAUGGACCUUGGACACCAGCUCAGCGCCAGACAUGAACACUGCCUAUGCACUUGCUAAUUGUUCCUAAGACUAGCCCAGAAGGGAACGGCCUGGGGUAAACACAAGGAGAUCUGGACUAUGUCACUGUAGUCCAUGACACUUAGGAGUACGUGAUUAAGACAGUGUGUGUCUUGAGAAAGAUAAGCUCUGAGAAAGUCUUGUAGUCUGCAAUUAGGAAUAAAAGCUGGACUAAGAGUGGACUCUGCACCUCAGUCCAAUAGAGGCUGCAGGUUCCCUGACCCAUUGCACCAGAUUUUGUGUUCUGUCUUCAUUCUCAUCACUUGCUCCCAGACCAUUAGGACUACACAGUUGUUCUAGUACUAUUUGUUAUAUAAAGGCUAUCUUUAUUGAA